AGGAGAGCCUGGGCUCUGCCUCCCGCUCUCCGGGCCUGGCCGCGGCGCAGCCUCUUGGCGGCGGCGGCGGCGGUGUCUGGGCUGUGCGGGGCGCGCCCACCUUCUCCUCCUCCUUUGCCUUCCUCCUCCUCGCCUUCCUCCUCCCCACCUCCUCCUCGCCCGGCUCGGCCGAGCUGAGAGCGGCAAGAUGGCGGCGCCCAGGCUGCCGCCUGCCAGGCUGUCGGGUGUCAUGGUGCCGGCGCCCAUCCCGGACCUGGAGGCCCUCCGGGCGCUCACGGCGCUCUUCAAAGAGCAGCGCAAUCGAGAAACAGCACCCAGGACUAUCUUCCAGAGAGUCCUGGAUAUCUUGAAGAAAUCUUCUCAUGCUGUUGAGCUGGCCUGCAGAGAUCCAUCCCAGGUGGAACAUCUGGCUUCCAAUCUGCAGUUAAUAACAGAAUGCUUCAGGUGUCUCCGAAAUGCUUGUAUAGAGUGUUCUGUGAACCAAAAUUCAAUCAGGAACUUGGAUACGAUUGGUGUUGCUGUUGAUUUGAUUCUUCUGUUUCGUGAACUACGAGUGGAACAGGAAUCCCUCUUGACAGCUUUUCGUUGUGGCCUGCAGUUUUUAGGCAACAUUGCCUCACGGAAUGAAGAUUCCCAGUCUAUUGUUUGGGUGCAUGCUUUUCCAGAACUCUUUUUGUCUUGCUUAAAUCAUCCAGACAAAAAAAUUGUUGCCUACUCUUCAAUGAUUUUGUUCACAUCCCUUAAUUUUGAAAGAAUGAAAGAACUGGAAGAAAAUGUCAAUAUUGCGAUUAAUGUCAUAGAAGCUCACCAAAAGCAGCCUGAAUCAGAGUGGCCGGUCUUGGUUAUUACAGACCACUUUCUGAAAAGCCCGGAAUUGGUGCGAGCCAUGUAUGCCAAACUGAGCAAUCAGGAAAGGGUUACAUUGUUAGAUCUUAUGAUAGCCAAGAUAGUGGGUGAUGAACCCCUGACCAAGGAUGACAUUCCUGUGUUUUUGCGCCAUGCUGAGUUGAUUGCAAGUGCCUUUGUGGAUCAGUGCAAGAUUGUGCUCAAGUUGACCUCUGAGCAGCAUACUGAUGAUGAGGAGGCGCUGGCUGCAAUUAGGCUUCUUGAUGUCCUGUGUGAAAUGACUGCUCAUACUGAACUGCUUGGCUAUCUACAGGUUUUUCCUGGCUUGUUGGAAAGAGUGAUUGAUCUCUUACGACUGAUUCAUGUAGCUGGAAAAGACACUACAAACAUCUUCAGUACCUCUGGUGGCAUAAGAGCAGAAGGUAACAUUUCAAAUAUGGUUGAGGGAUUUAAGUCUCAUCUCAUUCGUCUGAUUGGAAAUCUUUGUUACAAGAAUAAAGAUAACCAAGACAAGGUAAGAUUAUUUCUUA